UUCAGUUUCAUAUUCCUCUAUAUCUGUUAUAAAAGUUGCUUUGCUUGUAAGUAUCUGUUCUCUAAAGGAAAUCCAGAAACCUCACAACAUUGGACGAUUGAAAUAAAAGUCCAACGUUCCAGUGAGAGACAGAGAAAUUGCAUAACCACUCCACAUCAACUGAGGGGAGAAAACAGGCAAAGGAACACUGUGAACAUGGCCUCAGAGAUCCACAUGCCAGGUCCAGUGUGCCUCAUUGAGAACACUAACGGGCGACUAGUGGCUAAUCAGGAAGCUCUGAAGAUCCUCUCUGCCAUUUCACAGCCUGUUGUGGUGGUGGCUAUCGUGGGCCUCUACCGCACAGGCAAGUCCUACCUGAUGAACAAGCUGGCUGGGAAGAAAAAGGGCUUCUCCCUGGGGUCCACGGUGCAGUCUCACACGAAGGGAAUCUGGAUGUGGUGUGUGCCUCAUCCCGAGAAGCCAAACCACACUCUAGUUCUGCUUGACACCGAGGGCCUGGGGGAUGUAGAGAAGGGAGACAACCAGAAUGAUUCCUGGAUCUUUGCCCUGGCUGUCCUCCUGAGCAGCACCUUUGUAUACAACAGUAUGGGAACCAUCAACCAGCAGGCCAUGGACCAACUGCACUAUGUGACAGAGCUGACAGAUCUAAUCAAGGCAAAAUCCUCACCUGAUAACAGUGAGGUUGAAGACUCAGCUGAAUUUGUUAGCUUCUUUCCAACCUUUGUGUGGACUCUCAGAGAUUUCUCCCUGGAGCUAGAAGCAAAUGGACAACCCAUCACUGCUGAUGAGUACCUGGAGCUGUCACUGAAGCUAAAGCCAGGUAAGGAUGAAAAAAGUAAAAGCUUUAAUGAACCUCGGUUGUGCAUCCGAAAGUUCUUCCCAAAGAAGAAGUGCUUCAUCUUUGAUCGUCCUGCUCAGAGGAAGUACCUUGCCCAACUGGAGCAGCUACAGGAGGAAGAUCUGAACCCCGAAUUCAGAGAACAAGUUGCAGACUUCUGCUCCUACAUCCUCGACCAUUCCACGCCCAAGACUCUCUCAGGCGGCAUCACCGUCAAUGGACCUCGUCUGGAGAAGCUGGUGCUGACCUACAUCAAUGCCAUCAGCAGUGGGGAUCUGCCCUGCAUGGAGAACGCGGUCCUGACCUUGGCCCAGAUAGAGAACUCAGCCGCAGUGCAAAAGGCCAUGGCCCACUAUGACCAGCAGAUGAGCCAGAAGGUGCAGCUGCCCACGGAAACCCUCCAGGAGCUGCUGGACCUGCAUAGGGCCAGUGAGAAAGAGGCCAUCGAAGUCUUCAUGAAAAAGUCUUUCAAGGAUGUGGACCAAAAGUUCCAGAAAGAAUUAGGGGCCUGGUUAGAAGCAAAGCGAGAUGACUUUUGUAAGCAGAACAUGAAAGUGUCAUCAGAUUAUUGCCUGGGCUUACUUAAGGAUAUUUUCGGUCCUCUAGAAGAAGAAGUAAAGCAGGGGGCAUUUUCUAAACCAGGAGGUUAUUGUCUCUUUAUUCAGAAGAAACAGGAGCUGAAGAAUAAGUACUACCAGGUGCCCGGGAAGGGGAUACAGGCAGAAGAGACACUGAAGAAAUACUUGGAGUCCAAGGAGGAUGUGGCUGACGCAAUUCUACAAACUGAUCAGUCACUCUCAGAAAAGGAAAAAGAGAUUGAAGUGGAGCGUAUAAAGGCUGAAUCUGCAGAAGCUGCAAAGAAACUGUUGGAGGAAAUGCAAAAGAUGAAAGAGCAGAUGAUGGAAGAGAAAGAAAAGAGUUAUCAGGAACAUGUGAAACAAUUGACUGAGAAGAUGGAGAGCGAUCGGGCCCAGUUGAGAGCAGAGGAAGAGAGGACUCUUGCUCUCAAACUUCAGGAACAGGAACGACUUCUCAACGAGGGAUUCCAGAACGAAAGCAGGAAACUUCAGCAGGAGAUAGAGGCUAUGAAGAGGAGAAGCAGAGAAUCAUCUCCAGGAUGUAACAUACUCUAAAAAUCCUGGGAACAUAAUUUCCUAACUAGCUCUCCUCCACUAGCAAUAAGUUGAAUGAGCAACUUCAGAACACCAAACAAUUGCCCCUAAACUAAACUUGAAGUCAUGAUGCUUGCGUAUUCCUUGAGCCAUAAAAUUUGCAAAGAUGAAAUAAAGUAUCAAGGUACUGUGUUA